CAAAAUAGGAAGAAGAGGAAGGACUUAGGACACGAUGUUUAAAAAUACUUAAAUAAUAAAAAAUACUCAAAAUUAAAGAUACUAGAGCAAAAUGAAGGUAAAGCAAAAGAAAACAAAUAAGCCAAUGCUAUCAGACAAAAUAGCAGAUGCCCUAACCAUUAAACCGCGGCCAGACAUCGAGGACGAUCAAAUAUUCAACACCAAACCAAAUACCGUAACACGUGCAGAUUUUAACUUGUCUGAGAGCGAUGAUGAAGCGACUAUCAGUGAUUUUCGCAAGAGAAAUGUAAAUCUUUUGAGUGACAUCAGCAAAAAAUACGAGGGUAAAGUAGUAUCGCGUAAGGAACUAGCUCACUCCUCCGAAGAAAGCAGCGGCGACGAAAACAUACAAUCCGGCGACGAGAGCCAACAGAGUGACGACGACCGCUUACAAAACACAUCAUUCGCUAAAACUAACGUAAGCGACUCCUCCGACAACGAGUCAUUCGAUUAUAGCAUUACACAAAACAAGAAAAUAGAACACGAUUCCGAGGAUGAGGAUGACGAUAACGAUGAUGAAGGCGACAGCGCCGAUGAUGAUGAUGACGAGGACGGGGAGGGAUACGACAUCAGUCAGAUGGAGGAGCCGAUCAAGGAGCAAUUUGAACAUGUUAAGAAGGAGAAUGUUUCGGAGGAAGCCAAAAAAGGCGCUUGCGUCAGAAACCAGCUGCUUCUGUGGGAGGGACUACUAGAGAUGAGGAUACACAUGCAGCGCUGUAUCAACUCAGCUAACAGGAUGCCAAUGGCCGAUGUGUACAGAGACUUAAAACCUUAUAAUGAGUUUGCUGCAGGCUGUACCACGACAAUAAGUAAUGUGGCUACUGCUUUAGACAAAUUACUGCAGUUACAAAAUUUGUUAUUCAAGAAUUUCCCGGAAACUAAAUACCUAACAAACAAUAAAAAUGGUAAAAAUACAAUGGCAACUGAAACAAAUGGUAAAAAUACAUCAAAGGGCACCGAGAGCGAUGAGGAGAUACCCAGUGACACCGACAACGAGGAGAUACCCUCCGACACUGAACCUGAAGAUGAACCCGAGGAGAAGACUGAAGUUAAACAGAAAAUCAAAACAAACACAAAGAAAAGAAAACUUGAAGAGUUUGAAUCUGACAUUGCAUCAACUUACAAGAACUUUAAAGCAUUCCGAGAUACAACUAUUCAGAAAUGGAAUGAGAAAACGCGAGUAGCUACAGUGGCUAAUAUAAAAAAUGCCCCGACAAACACAAUCCUUCAACAGAUAUCCUACCUCCUCUCCGAUAGACAGAAGCUGCUGAGAAGAACACAGUUGAAGCGGUCCGAGUACGACAUCAUCGGCUACAAAAAGGAGCAACCGGAGGUGGAAAGUAAGGAGCAAGAGAUAAAUCCAGUCACAAAAGACAGGAAGGAUGACGACGAGUACAUCCCGGAGAUAUUCGACGACAGCGACUUCUACCACCAGCUGCUGCGGGAGCUCAUCGAGUGCAAGUCGGCAGACAUCUCCGACCCCGUGCAGCUCAGCCGCCAGUGGAUCGCCCUGCAGCAGAUGAGGAGCAAGAUGAAGAGGAAGGUGGACACCAAGGCCACCAAAGGCCGCAAGAUCAAGUAUGUCGUCCACAACAAGCUGGUCAACUACAUGGCCCCGGAGAAGUCGUCCAAGUGGAACGAGGAGAGCACCACCGAGCUCUACCACUCCCUGUUCGGUAAAAUGUUCGAGCAGAAUAAUGUAGGCUUAAAUGUUGACUUCCGUGUAAAUUAAUAUUUAUGUACAUAAAAUACUUAACA